GUGAUAUCUAGCGACGGGAAGUUGCAUAACGGCGGGGUUGCCUAAAGGGCGGAAGUUGUUUCUUCUGCUUGCCAUCGUCGGUGGAAUCAUCUCACCGAACAUCUGCGGUUAACACUCCACGUUCUCUGGCAGAACAAAUCAGUUCACGCUAUCUCCACUAUUCUUUCUGAAACGAUACUUCAGAUACGUCUUUCACACAUAAAUAAGAUGGCUGCUACAUUCUCCUACGCACAAGCAGCAAAGGGAGUCGCGGCACCGAACUCGGCCGCCGAACCAGUCACCAUGUCCAACGAGCAGAACGCCGAGGUCAGCGUGGAUCAGUCGACAGAUGAUGUGCCUACCAAGGUGGAGGCCGGCUCCGAAGCCGAGCACGCGAAUGGCAUCAACGAGAAGGAAGCCGAUUCAUCUAGCGUUGGCAACUCUUCAUCUACGACUAGCACGCUCAAGGACGAGGAUGGAUUGAACACGCCUAAUGGCACUUCAGAGUCUACCUGGGACAAGCAGUCUCAAGCAUCAGGAGCGGAUAAGGCGACUGGCGAAGAAGAGGGUGCGGACAACAAGACAGAGGAGAAAGAGAAGAGCGCACCCGCUAAGGAGUUGAAAGCUGCUCCUCUUCCUGCAGUGAAUGUCUGGCACCAGCGCAAAGAAGCUCAGGAGGCUAAGGUCAAGGCUCUGGCUGCUCUGAAGCCUGCCACAAAAACCGGAAACUCCAAGACCACGUCCGCUGCUUCCUCGACGUCAGGCGAUCAUCAGCAGGAGCCCGCGAAACCUGCUUCUAAGAAGAAGGACGGCCAGGAAAGUGUCAAGGACCGCAGAAAGACUGAUGGAGGAAAGGGACGAGACGAGAGUGCAAGCAUUCCUCCCGUGGGUGAUGCGAACCUCUGGCCGACACCUGAUGUCGCUCAAGGUGAAGAGAAGAAGAAGCCCCAGGAGAAGUCUGAUAAGAGCCCCGUUAUCCGCCCUCACGGCAAAGAGAAGUGGAUGCCUGUUCCAUACGUCCCAACCGCCGUUUUCAACACCCCUCUUCCUUCUGCUGCUCGCCGCGGUGGAAGAUCUGCCCGUGGUGGACGUGAGGGCGCUCGCAAUGGCACCCAUGGCGCCGAGAAGAAUGCAUCCGGUCAGGGCGCACAGGGCUCCACCAAGCAGACGACUUCUGCGGAUAGAGGCCGGAAUGAACCCAACUCUGCUCGCGCUAACUCUUUACCUGCGCAAUCAAGGCGCUCCAACAGCGUUGAUGCUGGACUUCCUGACUCCCGCAAGCACCAAGCUGGUCGUGGACCCAAGGGCGCUGAAAACAUCAACACUGCACAAGGUGGCAAGAAUGUAAAUGGCGCCGAUACCAUCCCCCGUCACCACCGCGAUACUAAGCAAUUUCCCAAGGGUCACGAAAAGAGCUCCGAUCACCAUUCCAGAAACCCCCACCUGUCUGUCGAUACCCAGGCUGGACCGCGCUCCGGGUCCGCUCGCCCAGAAAACGGUCCGAAGUCCGGAGAAUUCGCUGGCUUCCACGAUCGUAAAGACAAGGACUUCUCUCGCGAGUCGCGCGCCGGCCGAGGCUCUCACCGUGGUGGCCGCGGUGGCCACACCGGCUUCAAUGGUGCCCCGAACGCCCACUACCCCCCCAACCACAUGUCGCAUCACAACUAUAUGCAUCCUAAGUCUUUCGGCUUCGGCGAUCGCCAGAGAUCGCAGCAGCAUGGUCCCGCCAAUGGCUCAUCGGGUGGCCACAGAAUGUCUCUGCGCUCCCCGUCUUUGCCAAACUCCACUGCCAUGUACGCUGGUUUCCCUUACCCUGGCGACAUGAACUCGAUGUACGCCUACCAGCCUGUGCCGAUGACUGCGAUUCCGUACCAGCAGUACAUGGAGCCUUUCUCCGUUAUGAGCAUGCUCACGAUGCAAUUGGAGUACUAUUUCUCGGUCGACAAUCUCUGCAAGGACUUGUUCCUCCGCAAGCAUAUGGACUCUCAGGGCUUUGUCGCCCUGUCCUUCAUUGCCAGCUUUAAGAGGGUCAAAACUCUGACUGAAGACUUCAACCUUCUGCGUCAUGUCUCUCACCAGUUGAGAAAUGUCGAGUACAUCACAGGCGAAGAUGGAGUUGACCGUUUGCGGCCCCGGGAUACCUGGGAACAAUGGGUUCUCCCUCUGGAGCAGCGCGAUCAAUCUGCCCAGAAUGAGGGUCCCGCCACUGUCAAUGUCCCCAAACAAGAGGAUGCCACUAUGUACCACAACAAUGUGGACGGAGUGAAUAAUUCGCUUGCAAAUGGCACUGCCGAGUCUCGGGCUUCGAAGACGCUCUUGUCAUCCGAUGCUCCGGAGUUUUCGCCAUCUCAAUCUGCCAAUACCCAGACUGAUGUCGCACACGUACGGAUCCCUUCAAUUGAUAUCUAUUCCUGAGUCAGCCCUUGGUGGUCCAGGGCGGCAUUGCACAGCUGCCCAUGGCAUUAUCGCCUUCGCGCUCUACUCAAACAUCCCGUAGCGAUUGCUAAUACUUACCGACGUGCAGGCGGAGUAAAUAUAGUCCACAUCAAUAUCAGUACCCGGCUCUGGUGCUUACCUAAACUAG